CUCCAAUAGGUCGGAGGAUUGAGGUAUGAUUGCCCAGGUUUCGAUUCACGAACGAACAUAUCCUUGGGAGCGGGGGGCUGAGACCCAUCCAGCUGGACGAUAAAUAAACAACAUUGAUCUUCUCCCCUCUCCCCGCACUCUCUCGACAGUAUAUAAGAAGCCGGAAGUUUCGAUUCCUGCAAAAUCGAUCCUUGGUUACCGAUUCCACGACAUCUCUUACGAGCAUGAUGAACUUCACGUCACUUCUCCUCCUCGUUGGGCUUCCUGCCCUCGCCAUGGCCCACGAGCUCGACAUGAGCAACCGCUGGGCCUCCGGCGAAGUAAUGGACACGAUCAUGGCGGCGAAGCAGAGGACCUGGGCCGACUACAGGGCGCAGGGCUAUUUUGCGGAGGGGAAAUGGAAGAGUUCGAAUAAGUUCUCGCCGUGCAUAUCGUCGGGCAAUGCGACUGCCGGAGGGAAGGCAACUGUUGCUGGCAUUGAGUAUGGCUGCAAGAACCUGGAUGUUACAGGGUACCUUAGCCACCAGGACUUGGGGAGCACUUUCAACAACACCGUCGGCAGCUCCAUCUGGGGUAUAACCAUUGAAGGCCGAGAGUUCGUAGCGAUCGGACAGAGCGACGGCGCGGCAUUCGCAGAAGUCGUUGGAAAGGGCUGGUGGAACAAGCAUGGCAAGGAGGCGGGUACGCUCGACUACAUUGGACGGCUACCCGCCGGCAGUCUCCCGUCAACCUGGAGGGAAAUCAAGAGCUACAAGCACUAUGCAGUUAUCGGGUCGGAAGCCGUUGGCCACGGAAUUCAGAUCUUCGACAUGAGGAAGCUCCUCGCUCUCAGGAAAGACCGACUAUCGAGGGCCACAAGGACCUUCAGCAUUGCGACCGAUGUGUCGGUGUUCACCGGUCUGCCCGUGGGAAGGUCGCAUAAUGUGGUUAUUGCGGAGGACAGCCAGCACAUCAUUGCAGUUGGUGCGCAGCCGCGGAACUCUACGUGCCUUUCGGGAUUGAUCUUCAUCGAUGUGUCGGACAUCAACAAUCCGAAGCAAUCGGGCUGCAACGAUCAGGAUGGAUACGUUCAUGAUGCGCAAUGCCUCAUCUACCAUGGCCCGGACAAGAAAUACGAAGGUAGAGAGAUCUGCUACGGAUACAACGAGAACUCCCUCGCCAUCUACGACAUCACAGACAAGGCGAGAUCCACCUUGAUCAGCAACACCACUUAUCCCGGAGCAUCAUAUACGCACCAGGGCUGGGUCCUCGACACCGCCAACCAGGAGUACCUCCUGCUGGACGACGAACAAGACGAGACCGAGAUGGCGGGCGCAGCGGCUGACCAAAAGGCCACAACCUACAUCUGGAACAUCAUGUCCCUCGAGCGGCCAUUCCAGACCGGCAUCUACAAGAGCACGGUGACCAGUAUCGACCACAACCAGUAUAUCGCCAAGGGGUUCACGUACCAGAGCAACUACGCCGCUGGUCUGCGAAUUCUCGACAUCUCCUCAAUCCCCCGAGAUCCCACCGGCGCCGGAAUCGAGGAAGUAGCAUACUUUGACGUUUUCCCCGAGGAUGAUGCGGUCGGAGUAGCUGAAUACAUGGGCACGUGGGCAAACACCGGUGGGUGGUUCAAGAGCGGAUACGUCGUCGUCAAUACGAUGGAUCGGGGCACGUUUGUCGUCCAGAGGAGUAAGAGGGUGCUGGGCGGGUAUAGGGCUGAGUUUUAGAUGGGAUGGGGAGGCGGCGUAUAUACCGUAUAUAAAUACUGAAAUACCCAGAUACUGUAUAGUACAAGGGGGGAGGGGGAAAAAUCUACUGUAGUGCUAUUAGUUGGAGGAUGUCUGUUCAAAUAACCUUUUAGACG